AACGCUGUUCUCUGUUGCGUGUGACUAAUCGAGCUUCCCUGUGAAGUAGCAUUCUAUUCAUACCAACCGUCUGUUCACCUGAGAGAUCGAAAGCGUUGUAAAAGAGCAGGUGAACCCCAUUGGUGAGAACAAACGUGCAAAAAAAGGAUCAUGGCAACGGGGGGAUUUAAAUCUGCACCGACAGACUUUUUAGAAGAAUGGAAGGCUAAACGGGAGAAAAUGAGGGCGAAAAUGCUUGUGGACAUAGCCGCGGCCACUGGCGCGUGUGCUGGUAACGUGGAUGCCACUCCAUCUCUUGGGACAGGCAACAGCAACAAAAGUGAGACGCGCAGUGCCGCUCAGAGCACCGAACUGAACAACAACGCCAACAUUGAUCGCGGGGGCUCUGUUCCCGUUAACUGCCUGACAUCCUCUCCAAUGGCACGCUCAUCAUCGUCCUCGGCCUUGAAGAGACCCGAUGACGACCCGCACCCCACCACACCAGCGCCCAAAGGAGCAGACAACCAGGGAAGUAACUUGAAGAAGACACCUCCGCCGGAGAAAGUUCCUUGUGCCUCUCAAGAUUCCAGCCCCACUGCUGUCUCUAAUGACAGUGACAAAGAAAGCACGUCACCUGGCAAAGGCAAGGAGAAGAAGAAUAGUGGUCCAAGCUCCAGGAAGGGGAAAGGGCAGAUCGAGAAGAGGAAGUUGAGAGAGAAGCGCCGAUCAACUGGUGUUGUCAGCAUACCAUCUAACGAGAGUUUGGAUGAGCUGGAUGAUGAUGACGGAGUGAAGAAGGACGAGGAUAUCACGCAGCACAACACGGUGCAGAAUGAGGCCAUGACCGACCCCGGGGCUGCCCACCUAUUACAGGAUACUCCAAGGUCUGGAAGCGGUCGUCAUAAGAGCUCCUCAGGGCCUGGCUCCGAGGAGGAGUCUGGGGGAAACAGCCGACAGCGCCCCAGCCGCCCCGGGCGAGAGGCUGCAGCCCCCGGAGGCCUGGAGAGAAGGCUGGAGGACCUGGAGAAGGAGCUGGCCAUGGAGAGGCAGGAGAAUGACAAGCUAGUGAAGGCCCACCAGGACAAAGACGACCUCAUCGACAAGCUAAGGGAAGAGAUCGACCUGCUCAACAGAGACCUCGACGACAUCGAGGACGAGAACGAGCAGCUCAAGCAGGAGAACAAGACUCUGCUGAAGGUGGUGGGUCAGCUGACCAGGUAGAACCUCCAGCAGGUAGAACCAACAACAGGUAGAACCUCCAGCAGGUAGAACCUCCAACAGGUAGAACCAACAACAUGGACAUGUCCUUUCCCCAAAAUGAACAACAAACCCUUUACAGUGUCCUCGGACCGCCAUGUCUCACUUUCCUGUCAUUCCUGAAAAAAAAAAAAAAUAAAAAUAAAAUAAAAUAUAUAUAUAUAUAUAUAUAUAUGAGAGAGAAACCGAUUUUAGAACCUCCCAGCCUUAAAUUCUACUUGAGUGUUCCCCCUGAGGAUGGGAUUCUGACUUCAGUGGAUUCUAAAGGAAGUGAGUGUUCCUGUUCCUGGUCUGUUUGUGUCUCUGCGGAGGUCCUGAUGUGUCUAUGGUGGCAUAUUUAAUGUAAAUGUGUUGUAAAUACUCCAUUUGGAUUUUGUUUGUUUGAUAAAACCUUUAAUAAGGAAAACAUUGAAUGUACCCAGUUUAUCACAGAGCACACAUGGUUCUGCUCUAGGUGGUUUAAGUGAGCUGACAAUGCCCUCUCCACAUUCAUAAACUCACGGUCUGUUCACCGGGGGGGGGGGGGGGGGGGGGGGGUCUUCUGACACAGGACACAUUCCCAGAUCCAGGUCAUCCUUAUGUAUAAUGACAUAUUUGCAUUACAUAGCAAAUAUACUCUGUGGAUCAUCUCUACAUCCAUGUCUAUUAGACCGUCAAUAAAUCCUGUGCGAUUCAGACCACAUUUCAGACAAAACCACUACUGUCAGCCAAAGUGGGCUCUGUGCCUCGCCGCGCCCUUUUAGGGACACAUCCAGGAGCGCCACAAGCUUGAAGGAACAAGAGCAUUCGACCUGCUCGUGCCCAUGGUUACCUUGCCAUUCAUAUGUGGUACAUUUGAACCCGGGUUGUAUAGACACAACCCGGGCUCAUUAAAGAUAUACAGUAUAUACCCAUGCUUUAGCUAUUUCAAGUGUCGACAGUUUAGUAUUACGCUGUAGUAUGUUGGUGGUGAGGUUUUGUUUCGGGGUUUAACCCUGUAGGAAUCAAUGUGGAAUCUUUGUGUAUGCAUAUUUUGGCGUCUUUAAUUCAAGCGUUUACAACUUUCCUUUUUUUUUUUUUUCUUGCAAAUGUUCUUGGCUGUGUUAGCUGCUCGUGGUAUACAGUGAGCGAGAUAUUUACAGUAAGCUACAGCUCUCCUUUUGUCCUAUGAUAACCAAAUCAAAUGAAGGAACAUGCUGUUUGAAAUGGCUCUCAACUGUUUACUCUGAGCAAUGAUGAGGCUGAGACAGCAUAUUCCUCUUACCUAAUCUGUACUCAGACCAUGCAUUCCUGUGGGGGCAGGGAGGGGGUGCAGAGGGGCUGGGGAGGGGGUCAGUUAAUUGUGAUGAAGUGCAGCUUUCUAUAUCUCUCCCUCUUGUCUUGUACUUGUCAAGCCCACUGGGUGGCAAAGAAUAUAUUUAAACUGUACAGAGGGGAUUCUGAACAUAAGCACUUUCUCACACACACACACACACACAGUCCAUCUCUCCCACACACGCACACAAUCCAUCUCGCACACACAAACCGACACGCGUCCUACUCCUCUGUCGUUCUCCACUACAUCAUGCAUGUACAGAAGAUGAAGUCAUUUAAUAAAUGUUGAUUAUCUCUCUCCUCAGUCGACUCGUUCUUGUUCUUGAAGUCUAAGUUGAUGUGACAGUGCCGUGUGUCUGGCCAGGUAAUGUACUCUGACAGGACUGGGGUGGCAGGGAAGGCUUACUCCUCCAUCGCUCUAAACCACGUUCUCAGUCAUCAUACCGGUCACUUGUAAGCCUAGCUGGUAGACCACCCUCUCCCUAUAUAACUCUAUAUCUCUCUUUCCCUGGCUAACCUCUCUCUCUUUCCUCUCAGCCCCCCCUCCCCCUCUCUAGCUCGAGUCAUUAGUCCUCUCACCUUGAGAGAGGAAGGAGAGAGGAGGGCUCCACAGGAAGCACAUCACCACUGAUGUCAAGGUAAUUGCCUGGUCUCCUCAGGUCUCCUGGCCAGCCCCCGUAAUACCUAUUAGCAUUUUCAUGGAAAUAAAGGUUUUGCUUCAGUAUGCUUGUGUAAAGGACUGAAACUAUUCCAUCUGUUGGGAGGACUGUUCUCAGGGAGGCUCCUUGGACUCUCCAUGGUUCCCAGGUCCUUCAGUCACCUCACCCAUCCCACGUUUCAGCUUCCGGCUCCCACCCAGAACAGCUGCCUAAACCGCUCAACCUGGUUGAUGGUCCAGUGUCAUCAUUCAUUCUCCCCAAUCCACCGUGGUGAUGUAGAGAUCCAAAUGCAAGAUGCAUGCCAGGAUCUCACCGGUACUGAACGCCACAAAGCUCAGAUUUGUAAUCCAAGUCUGAAGUCACAGAUGAGGAACUAUCAAAGGUUAUUACCCCAAUCCCUCAUUAAGUUGGUUCAGUAGCUGUGCCACAGAACAGAAGGGACACUUUGUAUUCAUUGUUUUUAAGCAGACUUUAAAGAUGUACUUGGAGAUGAUGCAGCUGGUAUGGUCUGUCUUGUAGAAUGGCCCUCACUGUGUACACACCCAGAUGCAUUUGAUCCUGUGGAGCUGAUAGCGGUCUGGGGAGGGUGGCUGUGUCUCCUUAUCUUGUUCUUGAAGGAGCCCAUAUUUCAUUAUCAGUGGUUUCAUGGCUGCUGGUCCUCCGAGUCUAUCUCUCCUCCAUCUCCCAUCCAAUGUGCACGGAGCCACUCGCCCAUCUAGAGACGGGUCACAGAGACGGAGAGAGGAAGGGAUUGAGGGAGGACAAUAGACGGAGAGAGGGAGAAAGGGAGAGAGGGGGAGGGGAAGGGGGGGGAUGAAAAAGAAGGAAAUUCAAUUUGGUUGUUUUUUUGUCAGGUCCAUUUUGACCAGAAAUACAGUUUUGGUGUAUUACAGUAUAUCUUUUGAAAAUCUCCCCACCCGUUCAUUUGUCUCCCUUUUACCCACUUCCAUGUUCUAGAACUCUGAUCCUCGCACAGACAUUGCACCAAGCACAUCGUCUUUGGUCUUUUCCAACCGCACAUGGAUGACCUUGGUGUUUCUGAGAGCCGUUCUGUGGUUGACCGCCAGCCAGGCGUUCCCCUGGUCACUCUCUUCCACGGUUGUCUGGAAGCAGCCAGCUCUGAGUCGGAGCCUGUUAGAUGAGAGCUUGGCGACGAUAUCACCCCGACACUGACUCUUCUCCCCAGCUUCCAUCGACACGACGCGUCGCGGCCACGUCGCAAUGUUGAAACGCCCUUUUCAAGUCAAUAGAGGAGCGUGGUUUGCCAUGUCGGUCGUCUCUGCAGAGUGAAGACUGUGUGAAUAACUCAUGGAAUGGAUUCUCAUAAUUUCGAUCUCCUUACACUGUUACCAUAGCAAUGGUGGUGAUAUGUAUUAGUGUAAACACCCAGGCCUGAUUAUGAUGGCAUACUACACUCUGAUAGCAUGUUUUGUUUUUCCUUUUGUCUGCUUAAUUAAAUGUUUUGUAUCAGA